GACGCGGGGGUGACGCCUCUACAUUUCAAACCGAAAUAUCCAUCAGAACCGCGUAUAUGUUCGUCAGAAAUCAUAACUGAUGUUUUACAUGACUAUAUAUCUUCCGCUUUCGCUCAGUUAAAGGUGUUUAGAGUGUGCGUUGUUUGUGUUUUUCUGCUGUGCUGCGGUUCCGCGUCCCCCCGCGGCUGUCUCUGCGUGUGUUCGGGACCGCGCUGGAGCAGCAACGGCGGCGAGAUGAGCGGCUGACGCGCGCGGGGAUGAAGAUGAUCUGAACGGCCGUAUUUACCGAUCCGGCCCGCGCGAGGAGACGCGCCGCUCGCUAUCCCAGCAUCCAAUCCAUUCACCUUCAUUCCAUGGAAAAGCACGUCAUGAACUUUCUGCUAAACUUCUCCUUUUGUGUUUGCAACACAGACAUCACACAGUCGUUUUGGUGUGAAUUCACCAUUUAGAACCAGCGUUAUGAGUUGUGAAGUGUAUUUCUAAGCACCAGUGUUCAGGCUGAAGAGCGCUCGGUACAGACGUGGGAGUGAUCGGAUCGGAUCGGAUCAGCGCUGCACUUGAAUGAUGAGCUUCACUAGAUCUGUCCUGCACUGGAAUGGACUGUGGCAAACAUGUGUGUUGCCAUGGUAAUUAUUCACACUAAAACACUGGAAAAGAAGGCGGUCGAUGAUGUAACAUCCACGGAGUCUCUGCCGCUGCAUGAGCCGCCGACCAUGAGCCAGGGGACGGCCCUCUUCUCCUGCGGAAUCAUGGAGUCUGGACGCUGGCCGGAGGUCGGCGGGGUGCGUGGCGUCCAGCAGCGGCCCGUGGGCUCCAGUCUGGAGAGCCUGUGGGACAGCGUGCGAGAGACGUGCUCCGCUCGCGAGGCGGGCGCCGCCAGCGGCGGCAUCAGCGGUCUGCUGCGCGACCUGAGUCUGAGCGAAGCUUCUCCCGGCAGCGCCGCGCCGCCCAGCAAACGCCAGUGCCGCUCGCUGUCCUGCUCCGACGAGCUGGGCUGUCGCUCCUCGUGGCGGCCGCAAGGAUCGCGCGUGUGGACGUCCGUGGAGAAGCGCCGCUGUCACAGCGGGGGAAGCGUUCAGCGCGGGGCCUUCGCUCCAUCCGGGUUUCCCGCCAUGCAGCGCAGCUCCAGCUUCAGCCUGCCGACGCGCACCGAUCUGCCGGAGCCUUUCGGCCACGGCUUCCCUUUCGCCGCCUUCUCCGCGUCCCCGCAGACUCCACAGGCUCUCUACCUCUCGCACGAACAGAUCUGCCCCGCCGAGUCCAGCUCGCCCGACUCCACCCCGGAGAUGGAGCGUCGCCGCAGUCAGGGACUCGCCCGCAGCCGCUCGCAGCCCUGCGUCCACAACGACAAGAAGACCGGCGUGAAGCGGAGGAGACCGGCGGACUCUCACAAACACAGGCCUUCACUGGACCUGCUCAAGAUGACACAGAAGCUGCAGGACUUUCACAGUCUCAGCUGUCCAGGAUUCACUGGAGACGAGCAGACGCUCCACGACGAGGGUAACGUCACGCCCGACCGGCACCAGACCAAAGAGGACGCCGUCAUCCACCAAUCAGAGGCCAGCUGGCCGGCGGGGCGGGGCGGAGGGAAGGAGCGUGAGUGUCUGUGGGCGGGGCUCUGCAGCCGGAGGGGGCGGGACUCGUUCCAGCUGGGCGGAGAACUGGACAUCGAGCAGAUCGAGAGGAACUGAGAUGAUUCCCAGCAUUCCCGUUGGAUUAUUACGGACGAGCGCUUCAGUAAGUGGACGCGGGACACACGUAAUCGACUCAGGGUGAAGAACGCGUGAGAACGCGCAUGCGUUUAGAUUAGCAGGAACAAUUAGAGCCGACGUGAGAAACGCUCGUGCUCUCACACACACACACACACACACACACACACUCGUGUUAAAGGGCUUCAGAUGUAUAACAGUAGUAAUAUCAGGUAAUUGAGUUCCUCACUGGUGAAAAAAGCUAUUAGAUCUAUUUUUGUCUUUUUACGUUGAAUAACUACAGAAGUAAAUGUACUUAUUUCUCUAUGAAUAAACAGCAUUUUAAUGUGUUUGUAA